GAACAAGCUUGGAAACCUUCAACAUAACACAAGGAGAAGGGUUCUACCAGGAUUUCUAUUACGUCAAAUUCAUUCCAUCAGCAGACAGGUUUAGAAUUAAAGUGACAGGUUUUGACACAACAGGAGCCAAAUUUCAGCGGGUGAAACCAACCUUAUUUACUCUUGGUGACGUCAAACUGUCCCAAAACGUCCACAGUAGUAACAGUUCAAACGCCAUUUUCCCAGGAGAAUCUUCAGAGUUGGAAAUCAGCGUUGUAAACACUGGAGAUUUUCAGCAAUUGUAUUUCAAUGCUUCAGAUGAUCUGAACUUUUUCAGAAGUAUUAACCCAUCCCAACGAAGCUUAGGAAAGAAUGAUUCGCUUCUCCUUCGAGUUUUUCUAGCAGCUCCGAGUGACGCAAAGUAUGGUGUCACCAGCACUGUCACGGUAUUCGUAUCUCAGGAUUCGGGGUUCACUCAACUCGUGAAUUUCAUGGUCUUAUUUGUUACUGUUGCUUCAAAGGCCCCAGAUCUCUCCCCACCAUUAUGUAAUGUAACGAGCCAGAGUGGGUCAUGCGCAGGGGUAUACGGAAGACCUGAGUGUGUUUCCAGCACGUGGGUUGCGCAUGUCACGUUCAACGACUCCGGAGAAGGGCUUUUGUCUAUUACGUCACGAGAAAAUCGUAAUGGAACUCUCAAAGUGGCUGCUUUCAACCAGGGAGCUGCUAAUACGCCGAUUUCAGCAUCAUUCACAUCCAGCUGUUGCCAUCCAAAGGUCAUCUUCGUCGGAGUAGAUCUCGUUGGAAACAUGGGAACUUGCUCUGUAAGCCUCGUUCCAGACAUCGUGUCAUUUAGAGUCCAUCCAAACACCUCCGAUGUGACUCUGUACCCAGGAGAAACCAUAAAGGUACCUUUCACACUCGUCAACCUUGGCUCCAAAGGGUCCUUUUUGUUUCGAGUGACUAAGACGUCCUCGCUCAUAAGUUACGUCAUCCCCUUCAGCCUCUCUCUGAAAACAAACGCAAGUACUACAGGUCACGUGGUUAUUGCUUCACGUUUUAACACCAGUGAGGUGAAGACAAUAAGCGUGAGGGCUAUUGCACAGUCAGAUGCUGUAAAUGUUAAAGAGGUGAACCUGUUUAAUGUUACGGUUUUUGUCACGCCACGGGGACAACGAAUAACAAGUACGCCUGGAACAUCAACGGCAGCGCUCAAAUACAUCCGGUUACAGGCAAAUGUUCCCACUCAUGACUUGUCUUUGGAAACUGGAGAAAGUUCAAAGUUCAACUUUACAGUUAUGAAUUUGGCUACGGCUGAAACUUUCACCUUCCAUGCGCUGACAUCACAACCUCGUAUAAAUGGUAAUGUUGAACCGUCUCCAAUAUUUAUGGAUCAUCAACAAACUACUUCAUUUCUAUUAACCCUUUCAUCUGAGCCCAACACCCCUCUUGGCAUCGUCACGCAAGUCAAUAUUACAGCAACGCCUGCGUCACAAAAUGCCGAUGUUAAAACGUUAGUCGUUUUCUCGUUGACUGUGACAAUCGAUCGAAAUACCUCAUCAAAAGAUAAAGAAUCGGGGGAGAAGAGCCGAGAGAAAGAUGAUGGAAUGAAAAAAUGGCAAAUUCUUUUAAUUUUCGGCACGACUACGUUAGCGAUUCUACUCGUUACCUUUUUGGUAAUACUGGGAGUAAGUCGCAGGUAUUGUCGUAGAGGAAGGCCUGAAAACCACCCAGUAAAUAGUGCGAAUAUCAACUUAGGCCAUGAACCUGACGAUGUGAUCGCCAGUACGUACACCUAACUCUAACGCCAAGAAAUCAUCCAAUACAUGGCUCGAUCUUGUAAUCGCUGAGCAUACUCUGGAAAGCAAGUAAUUUAGUGUUAACAACUGGGUUGAAAACGUAAA